UGAGUUCUUAUUUUUAUGGGGUGUUUGUUCUCGUUUGGCUAUAGAACUGUCAAGUUCACAAAUCACGGGGCAACUGUGCGGGGCAGAGAUUACUGAUACAGUGUAGUUUAUCUUGAGAUACGUAACAAAACACGCGUGUGUAAAUUUGUAAUAUGCUGAGAGUAAUAUUAUUGGUUUGUUUGUGUGUUACUACGGCUGAUUUUUCUGAAGUGAGGAAAAGUAAAUUAGUCAUUGACAAUGACGCAGGGGGUGAUGACGCAAUGGCUAUAUUCCUCACCUUGUUAUAUGAGAAACACUUCGACGGGCCAAAGCUGGUGGGAUUAACCACUGCAAACGGGAAUACACCAGAACAUAAAGUAUAUUUCAAUAACCAAAGAAUACUUAGAAUAGCUAACAGACAAGAUAUACCAAUCUUCAGAGGGUCUAAAUCCUCACUGGUGACGACCCCGGAUGCUGGCGCGUGGUUUGGAAAUGAUGGUCUCGGAGAUUCAGGUCUCAACUUUGAUGACCUGGUGCCAGCACAGGAGAAGAAUGCUGUAACAGCACUUAUAGAUCUGUCUAAAACUUAUAAAGGAGACUUGAUUGUUCUAACUAUCGGAACACUAACGAAUGUAGCGUUAGCUAUAAAAACAGAUCCGGAAUUUCUAGAUCGAUUGGACCAUUUAUACGUGGCUGCAGGUCAUAUUCAUGAUGAUGAAAACCCAGAUGCAGAGUUCAAUGCACACAUGGAUGUGGAAGCUUAUCACAUAGUGGCCAAGAAUGCCAAUCCCGAAAAAGUCACUUUCUUACCGUUCUCUCAAGUUAUGACGCAUUUGAAUAUUACCAGGGCAUGGAGAGAAGAAGUCUUUGGAGCAAUAGACACAGAUAUAAUCAGGGCUAUGAAUCAAUUCGAAAGCGUGUCGCUACCAAAAAGUGACAGGUGGCAUGCUUUAGACCCGGCAGCCGUGGCUGUAGUGGUCAAACCUAGUCUAGUCAGCGAAUGUCAGUAUUCUAAGCAUGAUAUACAUUUAUGUGGUCAAAAAAGAGGAUUGACGACAAACACGUUCGUGGACAAGGCAGAAGCAAACGCAAGGAUCGUGUAUUCAUACAAAGAAGAAGAAUAUAAGAAAUUCUUGUUGGAUGUGUUUUCUAGAAAAUGAAGACAAAAUCUGAUCUUA